AUGGUUCGACAAAGUCAGAGAAAGAAGGCGCGCCUUCCAGAACGUUUUCGCAAUGGAGAGGAUCAAGAAGAUUCUUCUUCAUCCCAAUCUGCUGCGCCAGCUCCCACCACACCUGCUUCAAUUGCUUCUGCAUCCUCAACUGCUCCACGACCAACUCCUUCAUAUUCUUCUUCCUCCUCACCAAAUUUUACACUUGACUCUCCUACUCCGGUCGUUAGAAGAGCUGGUAAAGUCUGUAGAGAAGAACAAAAAGCUAUGUUGCCGACAAGAGCUGAGGUAGAAGGUUCGCCGGAAUCAGAUGUCGAAGAAUCUCCAGAUUCUAGUGCGUCAGCUCAGCCAAUUGAGCCUGCCCAGCCGCCAGUUCGCACGCCUGCUGAUGACUAUGACAUCAAUUCGCCUUAUUUUGGCUUGAACCACACACCAGAGUGGGAUGGUUUGGGAAUCAAUAUCGAUGAUCGAAGCCAGGAGAGAUGGUUUCCUCCCGGAUUGAUGGCUCCUCCUUCUUACGACUCCCUUUCCAGCGCUGCGAAGCUGAUGCUCUUCCACGAGCUCACCAAGAUGAUGUCAUUCAAGAAUCUCGUCUCGUUCCUCGGAAUCACCGAUCUUCAACUCAACGAUUUCGCCAAAAUUUACGAAGCCGAGACCCAGCGGGAUGAACUGGAACGUGAGCUCACACAUCUUGCGAUGAACCGAUUGGACAGUAUUCGAAGAAACGAGAACCGCUGUGUCACAGUUGAGGAUUUCGACUUGGCUUUAUUGGAGGAGGUCGAUUGGAAGCUAACAAAUACAGUUCUUGAAUCCCCAAUCUCGCUUUCGGACAUUGGAAAGGCUAUCGGCUUUCUUCAGAGCUGUCAUGGCUCCCAAAUUGCUGGAAAUCAGUUGAACAAUGGCCGAGGCAGAAACAAUAACACGCUCUCAUUGUCUGAAGUUAAUGAAGUGAUUACGGAGAUGGGACGAUAUGCUCGGCUUGGUAUUAGCUUUCACUGGGACUUUGAACAUGAGUUGGGCUUGAGAGAAUAUAUCGCGAGCGAGACUAUUCUUGCUAGGGGUGUUGGAGGAGUCGUGCUUUCUGGUGACGAGGCCGAGCAACCAGCUCAACCUCCCACUGGUCGACCAAAGAAGCGGGGCAAGCAUUUCGCUAACAAGCCCCUUCGCAACAAAUCAGAUCUCUUGAAAAUGGUCUUACCUUCCAAGUUGCAGCAAACGGAGAGCAUUGGAGACGAGGCUGGAAAGAAGGCUGAGGGUGGUGGUUUGAGCAAGGGAAAGGGUCGGGGAAAUUGA